AUGUUGCAGUCCCCCAGUAAAGCCUUCGACAACACCCAGACAAUUAACUAUGCUGCUUCAAAUGUUAUAUCAGCCAUCAUGUUUGGAAAGAGGUUUGUGUACAAAGAUCCUGUCUUCCACGUUAUGUUGGAGAGAGACCACGAGUCUAUCCGUCUGAGUGGAUCAGCAUCCAUCCAGAUAUACAAUGUGUUUCCUUGGCUCGGUCCUUGUCUUAAAAACUGGAGGGUUUUGAUGAAGAAUGCAGAGGACUACAGGAAUGACGUGAGACGCUUGAUAGCAGAGCUGAAGGAGACUCUGAACCCUGAGAUGUGCAGAUGCUUUGUUGAUGCAUUCCUGACCCGUAAGAUGAAUCUGGAGGAGUCUGAAAUCAAGGAUUCACACUAUCAUGAUGACAACCUUCACUACAGUGUGAUGAAUCUGUUUGCAGCUGGGACUGACACUACAGCAUAUACUCUUAAGUGGUGUUUGCUUUUCAUUGCUAAGUACCCGCAUUUUCAAGACCGGGUCCAGGAGGAGCUGGACAGGGUGGUUGGAAGCUGUCAGGUUCGAGUAGAGGACAGGAAGAACCUGCCGUACACUGAUGCUGUCAUUCAUGAGUCACAAAGAUUUGCUAACAUUACGUCACCUUUGGCCCUUCCUCACAAAACCAGCCAAGACGUCACCUUCCAGGGCUACUUUAUCAAAGAGGGGACUACUGUGUUUCCUCUUCUUACUUCUGUUCUGCAUGAUGAGAGCGAAUGGGAGACGCCACACACUUUCAACCCUUCCCACUUCCUGGAUAAGGAGGGUAAAUUUAUUAGGAGAGACGCCUUCAUGCCCUUUUCUGCAGGUCGCAGGGCAUGUCUUGGGGAAAGUCUGGCCAGAAUGGAGCUGUUCCUCUUCUUCACCUCUCUCCUUCAGCGCUUUCGUUUCACUCCUCCACCUGGAGUCACAGAGGAUGAACUGGAUCUGACACCAGUUGUGGGCUUCACCCUCAGACCUUCACCUCAUGAGCUGUGUGCUUUCAGUCGCCAGUGAGGAUGAGAGCUGGAACUUGAUUAUUGUUUUUGUGCAUUUACUCCACAACAGGAGCAGGAACUGUCUCCAUGUAUCCAGUCAACCAUGAUGUGGGAGGGGAUGUUGUGUGAGAAUGCUGAAUAGAUAUUUCACCAAUUAACAGCAUGUAUCUUUGUGGCAAUUUUGUUUCUUUUUUUUUUGGUAAUUUUGUGUCUCUCUGUGGUUGUUUUGCGUCUGCAGUUUGUUUGCAUCUUUUUGUGGUCAUUAUGAGUCUCUUCCUGGUCAAUAUGUGUUAUUUUGAGUGACAUUUUGCCACCUUUGGGCCCCACUUCAGUUAUCCAUCCAUGAUUUUAUCCAUUAUAAAUAGGCUGUAAUGUGUGUAUAGCAUGACGAACCCCUCUACUAGCAAAAACAACAUCACAGUUGGUCUUUGCAAAAAUAAAUAAUGUAUGUGUUUAUUUGUGCUGAAGCUAAUGAGAAAAACUGUAAAGUACUGAAACACC